AUUUGGUCAGGCUGAAAGACUGGCUCUCCACAGUUAUAUGCAAAGCCAUGCAGAGGACAAACCAAUCUAAUGAUGAUCUGAAAUGGCUAAGUCAGCUAGUGUUGACAAGAAUUGUCUUGUUUAAUAAGCGCAGAGUGAGCGAGGUAGAAGAGUUGAAAGUGAGUGACUUCCUAGGGAGAAAGAGCGAGAAGGAUAAUGAAGAAAUACUAGCAUCUCUUGAUGUCAGUGAAAGAGUCCUGGCAAAAAGAAUGGCACUGAUAGAGGUGAGGGGGAAGAGUACCAGGUCACUUCGCAAAGUCUUCAUCUUACUUUCUCCAGACAUGGUAGAACAGAUUGAGUAUUUGAUAAAAAAGAGGAAGAUCAUCAGCCCAUAUGUGUUUUCAAGACCGAGAGAAAUUAAUUCACCCAUAGAUGGCUGUGAAGCAAUCCGAGUGGUAACGAGCAAAUGCCCUAUGCUCAGAAAUCCAGGGAGUAUCCGAACCAGGGGAUUAAGGAAAUACAUGGCCACCACUGCACAAAUAAUUGACAUGUCCGCCAAUGAAUUGAAGAUGGUAGCAGACCACAUGGGCCAUAAUGUCAACAUCCACACUGACGUGUACAGAUUGCAAAGCUCAGUGCUUGAACGAGCAAAGGUUGCACGUGUUUUGAUUGCCAUGGAGAAUGGUGUCAUCAAUAAGUUCCAGGGAAAAAAACUUGAUGCCAUUAACAUUGAAGAACUUCCUCCCCCGGUUUCCAUAAAUGAUCAGCUGGAAAGAGGUGACCAGUUAGAGAGCAGGGAACUUACUUGUGAUGAUGUCGAUGGAAGCAGUCCAUUUGAUGGAGAACCACAACCAAGCUGCUCAGCUACUGGGGUUGCAGAUGAUCAGAAGUAUGGCAGUCAAAAGAGAAAGAUGGUUUCCACUGAUGACGGCAUGUUCAAAACUAAGAGAGCAAGAUGGUCUGAAGAAGAAAAUGGCAUAUUGUUCAGAGGUCAUAAGUGAUGAGGAAGAUGAUGGGGACUCUGAAAAUGAAGCCGAGCAACAAGAAGAUGAACAUUUAUCCACUGAAACUGAAGAUAGAGGGCAGUCUUCCACACAGCAUCGAAAGCACAAAGUUGCUC